AUGACAUCGAAAAUUUCGUCUUCUUCUUUAACAUCAUCAAUGGUUUCAUUUUUAUCGGAUCUAAUACGUAUUCGUUCGAUUUGUGGUAUUAAUACUGAAUAUUUUGUCGCUGAACGAAUUUCUAUUGAAUGUCAAAAAUUAAAAUUAAAAUAUGAAUUAGUAUCAGCACCGAAUCAAGAAGAUCGACCAAAUGUAAUUGUUACUGCUGGAAAUGGUCCUUCAAAAUUUUUAUUUGUUGGUCAUACGGAUACAGUCAAUGUUGAAGAUGAAACACAAUGGUCAUUUCCACCAUUCGCAGGUAGCAUUGAUGACAAAACGCAAAGACUUAUUGGACGUGGUUCAUGUGAUAAUAAAGGUGGUAUUGUUUGCGCUUUGUAUACAUUGUAUUUGUUACAACAAAUUAUUGAUGAAGAAAAACUAAAUAUCAGUAUUCAAUUAGCAUGUGUUGUCGAUGAAGAAAGUGGUGCUUGUUCAUCCAUUGGUGUUCGUUAUUUAUUAGAUAGAAAAUUAAUAUCUGGUUCUGGUGCUAUUUAUGUCUAUCCAGGUACAAAUGUUACUAUUGGACAUCGAGGACUAUUGAGAUUAUCAAUUGAUGUGAAGGGUGAAAAUUUACAUACUGGAAGUGUAGAAUGGAAUACUAAAAUAAAAGGAGCUAAUGCGACGACUGCUUUAGCUCGAAUUUUAAUAGCAUUGGAAGAUUAUUCAUGGAACAACGAUACAGAUCCAUCCUUUCCUUCUUUAACAUUAACUGUAACUCUAGGUACAAUCUUUAAUGGAGGUGGUUUUGUAUCCGUUGUUCCAUCGAAUGCUUCAGCUAUGGUAGACAUUCGUCUAAUGCCAUCAACAUCUGCUAAGGAUAUUUUGAAAACAAUUGAAGAUAUUGUGAAAACUAUAAUUGAUGAACGAAAUGAAUUUUAUCGUAAAAUGACACCGAAUCCAAAUUUAUCUGCUCGAUUAUCAGCAUCUAUUACAAUUAAAAACCAAUUACCAGCUGCAGCAAUUGAUUCAAAUCAUGCAUUAGUUCUUUCUUGUGUCAAUGCAGUUAAAAAAAUACUCAAUAUUACUCCUACAACUAAUGGAUGUGGUCCAGCUAACGAAGGAUAUAUGUUAAUUGAUAGUGGUAUUCCAACCAUAUGCGGUUUUGGACCAAUUGGAGGCAAUGUUCAUGGAGUAGAUGAAUGGAUAUCAGUUCCAUCAAUGGCUCAAACAGUCGAUAUUUAUCUUGAUAUUGUUUCUAAUUAUUGUCAAUUAUUCGGAUAA